CGCACGGGCGGCGCUCUGGCCCGGCGCUCUCGCCGGCGUCGCGGGCCGGACGGACGCGAGCGGAGGCGCAGGAGGCGGCGGCCGGGGGCGGAGGGGGGAUCCGGCGGCCGGGACGCGGCGGGGGGCAGCCGGCGGCCGCCGGGGAGACGCGGGGCGGUGAUGUCGGAGCACGCGGCGGCCCCGGGGCCCGGGCCCAACGGCGGCGGCGGCGGCGGCGCGGCGCCCGUGCGCGGCCCGCGCGGCCCCAACCUCAACCCCAACCCGCUCAUCAACGUGCGCGACCGGCUCUUCCACGCGCUCUUCUUCAAGAUGGCGGUCACCUACUCGCGCCUGUUCCCGCCUGCCUUCCGCCGCCUCUUUGAGUUCUUCGUUCUGCUCAAGGCCCUGUUUGUGCUUUUCGUGCUGGCCUAUAUACACAUCGUCUUCUCCCGGUCACCCAUCAACUGCUUGGAGCAUGUUCGAGAUCGCUGGCCGCGUGAGGGCGUUCUGAGGGUGGAGGUGCGCCACAACUCAAGCCGGGCACCCGUGGUCCUGCAGUUCUGUGAGGGGGGCCUCAGCGGCCUGGAGCUGGAGCCAGGGGGCCUGGAGCUGGAGGAGGAGGAGGAGCUAACGGUGGAGAUGUUCACCAAUAGCUCCAUCAAGUUUGAGCUGGACAUCGAGCCCAAGGUGUUCAAGCCACCAGAUGGCACAGAUGCCCUGAACGACAGCCAGGACUUCCCUUUCCCGGAGACGCCAGCAAAAGUGUGGCCGCAGGACGAGUACAUCGUGGAGUACUCCCUGGAAUACGGCUUCCUGCGGCUGUCGCAGGCCACGCGCCAGCGCCUGAGCAUCCCCGUCAUGGUGGUCACCCUAGACCCCACGCGGGACCAGUGCUUCGGGGACCGCUUUAGCCGCCUCUUGCUGGACGAGUUCCUGGGCUACGAUGACAUCCUCAUGUCCAGUGUGAAGGGCCUGGCAGAGAACGAGGAGAACAAGGGCUUCCUGAGGAAUGUGGUGUCUGGGGAGCACUACCGCUUCGUCAGCAUGUGGAUGGCGCGCACGUCCUACCUGGCGGCCUUCGUCAUCAUGGUCAUCUUUACCCUCAGUGUGUCCAUGCUGCUGCGGUACUCGCACCACCAGAUUUUCGUCUUCAUCGGUGAGUCCUGGCCGGCCGGGGGUGGGCUGGGCUCUCCCCAGGCCCUCACGGGCGCCCGCCCUGUGCCCGCAGUGGACCUGCUGCAGAUGCUGGAGAUGAACAUGGCCAUCGCCUUCCCCGCAGCGCCCUUACUGACCGUCAUCCUGGCCCUCGUCGGGAUGGAGGCCAUCAUGUCUGAGUUCUUCAACGACACCACCACGGCCUUCUACAUCAUCCUCAUCGUGUGGCUGGCCGACCAGUACGACGCCAUCUGCUGCCACACCAACACCAGCAAGCGGCACUGGCUGAGGUUCUUCUACCUGUACCACUUCGCCUUCUACGCCUACCACUACCGCUUCAACGGGCAGUACAGCAGCCUGGCCCUGGUCACCUCCUGGCUCUUCAUCCAGCAUUCCAUGAUCUACUUCUUCCACCACUAUGAGUUGCCGGCCAUCCUGCAGCAGAUCCGCAUCCAGGAGAUGUUGCUGCAGAUGCCGCAGCUGGGCCCCGGGACCCCCACGGCGCUGCCCGACGACCUCAACAACAACUCCGGCUCCCCGGCCGCCCCCGACCCCAGCCCUCCGCUCGCGCUGGGCCCCGGCUCCAGCCCCGCCCCCGCCGGCGGGGCCCCUGGGCCCGGCUCGCUGGGCGCCGCCGCCUCCUCGGUGUCGGGCAGCGACCUGGGCUGGGUGGCCGAGACGGCCGCCAUCAUCUCGGACGCCUCCUUCCUGUCGGGGCUGAGCGCCUCGCUGCUGGAGCGGCGGCCGGCGGCCCCCAGCACCCCGGACAGCGCGCGCCCCGACCCCGAGGCCCCUCCGGAGGAUGCGCCCGCGCCCGCCGGGUCCUGAAAGCGACGCUGAGGCCGGCUCCCGCGGGGCCGCGGCCGGGGCCUUGAGCGCUUGUGGUCUGCAGGGAGAGGGCUGGCGGCGGCGAAGGUUCUGGACGCGGCCGGGGCGGGGCGGCGAGGUGCGGCGGGCGUGCCGCCGGCCGCCUGGUGCUCCCCAGUGCCUUCCACACGGCGCCCGCGCGGGGCCGAGCGCCCCGGCCCGGACUCGCAGGGGGCGGCUCAGGACGCGGGGCGCACGUUCUACGCUAUUUAAUUGCAGUGUACAGAGUCGUGUUUGUAUAUAGAAUAAACUGUCGCGGACAGUG